CGUCUUGGUGAUCUUUGUUAUUAAUGCAGUUUGUUUACUUGAGAGAGAGAGAGAGAGAGAGAGAGAGAGAAAUUUUAACAGUGUAGAAGAACUUUCAAGAGAGUGAACUUUCUAAUGGGCAAUACUCCAGAACACAUAUAUAUGUUCGAGAAUCAGUAAGGUGGUGUGAUUGAUGUGUUGGCAUGGAGAAGGUGAGGCAGCAGGUGGAGGCAUUGGGGGUGCAGGAGCAGCAGCAGCUGAUAGUGGAUCUCAUCACCAGCAGUGCUCCAGAGGUACAGCUCAACCUCCUGCUUCCAUCUGUUACUGCUGCAGCAAGUUAUGUCAAGUGGCGUUUAGUAACCAACUUACAAGGACAAGAUACUCCAGACCUUCUGGUUCUGUUGCCUCCAGAGCUACAGCUGGAAGUUCUUUUGUAUUUGGAUGGUCCAAGUCUCUUGCAUGCCUCUCAGGUGUCAAAGAUGUGGCAUAGCAUCAUUAUGAAUCUUAAUGAGGUAUGGUUAAAGCAAUGUCGGAGGUUAGGAGUGAACAUGAGCAAAGUUCCUGGCUGGGCUGACUGGCAUAAGGCAUACAUAACAUCAUUGCGGCAACAGGUGUCACUGAAGAAUGGCACAGCAUUCUCAGAACGUUUCAUGCAACUCCAGAAUUGCAAGAAGGCUGUUAAAGCAGUAGAUUAUCAAGAUGGGUUCCUAUGUACUGUAUCAGAAGAGGACUAUAUAAAUAUUUGGCAGCUAGAUAUGAAUAUUCCAGUGAUGACAUUUCCUGUUGAGCGAGCUGUGUCCUGCAUUAAGUUUCACCCCAAUUCUCUGCUUCUUUGUGGUCACUUUGUAGGCACCUUGACCUCUUGGGACCUGAGUAGCAUGAGCCAAUCUCGAUGUACAGUGUGGGAACAUUCUAAUACCCGAGAUCAUGAUAACUUCAAAAAUAGAUUCAAGAUGCAUGCAGGUCCUGUGUUCAGUUGUGACUUUUCUGAGGAACUGGAUCUUUUAGUGAGUGGGGGUGCAGAUGAAUGCCUCAAAUUAUGGUCCUUAUCUGCAGGGGUACAAGUCAAGUCUCUUUCCAAUCAAGACCACUGGGUUUUGAGAGUCAUACUCAUACCAGAUUUAUCUUUGACCUCCAAGCACGAUAUUGUUUAUAUGACACGAGAAAAUGUCAAGAAAAUAUCGUGGCCCUCAAUUGUGAAACGAGAUUGUGAGUGUAAUGUGCCAGAAAAAGGUGCUGGCAGUUCUGCUUCAUCACCCAAACCUUACGGAGUGAUUGAAAAGAUAUCAGACAAUUUUAAAAUAAGUCUAAAUGAGGGACAUACAAACUUUUUCACUCCUGGUUUACAGUUCAGUAGCAAAUACAUUGGAAUAAUAAAGCAAGAUGCAGAAGAAAAGCAUGCCAAUUUAUGUGUGUUUGACAUCGAGACAUUUAAACUGGAGCAUAAUAUAUCUCUGAAUAUUAAAGUAAAAAAGUUACUUGCCCUUGGAAACAGAUAUGCACUGCUGCUCACUAUGGGCAGUGUGCUGUACUCCUCCACACUGGUCAUCAUCGAUAUCGUCACAACAAAAAUUAUCGGCACCCGCUCCAUACCUCACUCCAAGAUGACCACUCCAGAUGGAGCCCAGUUGGUUGUGGGUGAUGUUGAGUGGCUGAAUGGGCUGGGGAUGCACUUGCCAGAACCGGCCCGUUCACUGUCUGCUUUCCAAGCCGAGAAUUCAAAUUGUGCUACAAGAACAGGGAUUAUUGCUGGAGCUGGAAAGAAGCUUGCCAGCCAAGGCUACAGAACAGAGAUCAGUGUAAGUAGUAUGAACACAGUGCCACAUGGUAACACUCAAAAUAUAAAUGUGCAACAUAAUGCAGUGUCAUGUCCAAAACGAAAACAUAAAUCAGAUGAGUGCUGCAGUGAACCGUGUGGUAGUGAGACUGCAAUGGAUCACACAAGUCUUGAUGCUUCCUGCUGUGCACGUGGUGACACACAGAAUGACUUUGAUGUAGCCUUGCAUGCUGAGUGUGCUGGUGAUCAGUGUCUUAUGAUGGACAUUUCUCCAGAAUUAAAGGCUUGCCAGGCUCUGGAGCAGCCAAGCUUCUUAGUGCUGGCUGCUGGAGUAUUAAAUGAACCUGGCCGUCUAUUCACCCUGUGGUGGGCCCAGUCAAGACACACACACAAGUGCAAGAAAGAGUAGAUAUAUAUAUUAGCAGAUUUUAUUUAUAUAAUUGGAGUUCAGUGAUAUAUAUUAAAUGCUUUACAUAGGUAACUAUUGCAUCUUUAAGUUGAAAACACUAAUUUUUAUUAUGGAAAAGCUUGAUCAAUUAUACAAUAUAAAUAA